UUAUUUUUUUUCAUUUUUUUUUUCUCCACCACAUUCACCCCAUGGUUUUACCACCUAAAUCUUACAGAAAGUGUAGUUACUCUGAUAAAACCAUUACACCAUCCCAUCCAGAGUAACUCUACCACCUCCCAUCCGAACUCCCUCCGGCCUAACUCUGCUACCUCCCCAUCCGAACGUUUUAAAAAUAAAAAAUACUUAUAUUUACUUGAACAACCUUUAUUUCGUUUUAAAUCCUUGUGUUAAAUCCAAACAUCAGUGAUCCUAUCCGUCGAUUUCGUUAGGAUGACGUGUCGAUGCAUCAAUGGUUAUGUUGUUUCUGAUCAAAAAAUUCGUGGUAGCAUCUAACCGCCAAACCAAAUGACCUUCUGACCUUUUAACCCAUCAACAAUUCUUUUUUCUUUCUACACCUACUCUCUCUCUCUCUCUCUCUCUCUCUCUCUCUCUCUCUCUCUCUCUCUCAAACAGUUCCAUGGAAUCUUCAAAUCGCUGUUCAGUUAUCAUCAUCGGCGCCGGAAUUUCAGGCAUAUCGGCCGCGAAGGUAUUGGCAAAAAACGGAGUUGAGGACAUUUUGAUCCUAGAGGCGUCUGAUUCCAUCGGAGGGAGGAUUAAGAAACAGAAUUUCGGAAACGUAACGGUGGAGCUCGGUGCCGGUUGGAUCGCCGGUGUUGGUGGAAAACAAUCUAAUCCAGUCUGGGAACUCGCUGUUCAAUCCGGUCUUCGUACGUGCUUCUCCGAUUACAGCGAUGCUCGUUAUAACAUUUACGACCGAAGUGGGGAGAUAUUUCCGAGUGGGUUGGCCGGUGACACGUAUAAGAAGGCGGUUGAGUCGGCGAUGCAAAAGCUAAGGACUGAUCGGGACAUCCUUCUUUCUGCUGACGUGUCCGAUAUUCCCGAACUUUCCACCAUACCCGAAACACCUAUUGAGCUGGCAAUUGAUUUUAUCCUUCAUGAUUUCGAAAUGGCUGAGGUUGAGCCCAUAUCAACAUAUGUGGAUUUUGGGGAGAGGGAAUUUUUAGUGGCGGAUGAGAGAGGUUAUGAGUAUUUAUUGUAUAAAAUGGCGGAGGAAUUCUUAUUUACAUCUGAUGGGAAAAUCUUGGACAAUCGUCUCAAAUUAAACACUGUUGUGCGGGAAUUACAGCACUCGAGAGACGGCGUUACCGUGAUAACGGAGGAUGGUUAUGUUUAUGAAGCCAACUACGUAAUUUUGUCUGUUAGUAUUGGCGUCCUUCAAAGCCACCUCAUCUCUUUCAACCCCAACUUGCCUAGGUGGAAAAUGGAGGCCAUUGAAAAAUGUGAUGUUAUGGUGUACACGAAAAUCUUCUUGAAAUUUCCAAAGAAAUUUUGGCCUUGUGGUCCCGGAAAAGAGUUCUUCAUAUAUGCCCAUGAACGAAGAGGCUACUACACAUUUUGGCAGCACAUGGAGAAUGCAUACCCAGGGUCAAACAUUCUUGUUGUGACAUUGACAAAUGGGGAAUCAAAACGUGUUGAAUCCCAAUCAGACCAAGAAACAAUGAGAGAAGCAAUGGAAGUUCUUAGGAACAUGUUUGGGCCUGACAUUCCGGAAGCUUCCGACAUUCUUGUUCCACGCUGGUGGAAUAAUCGCUUCCAGCGUGGCAGUUAUAGUAACUACCCUAUCUAUGCUGACUCAACAAUGUUUGAAAACAUCAAGGCUCCUGUAGGAAGGAUCUUUUUCACGGGAGAGCAUACAAGCGAAAGAUUUAGUGGCUACGUCCAUGGUGGUUACCUGGCAGGUAUAGACACGGGAGAAGCUUUGUUGGAAGAAAUGAAGGCGGAGAAAGAUAGAGAAACGAAUAAGAAAUCUAUUUUAGAACCGUUGCUAGCACUAACAUUGUCACAAACAGAAGCAGUCGCAUGCGAUAUUCAUAGACACCUUUUCCAUGCCAAUACCAAAAGGGAGGCCAUCUUAUGACUACAAAAACCAUCACUUGUAGAUAACACACACAUGAUUGAUGCCUCAAACACCCUAUAUAUAUAUAUAUAUAUA